CUGGCACUUUAUCACCAUCUUGGGGAGCAUGCCUCAACUUGACAAGCCUUUGCAUCUCGGGCAACAGAAUCAGUGGAUUAAUACCCUUGGAAAUCAGUCAAUUGCCAAAGUUACAAAAAUUGAUAUCUCUUCUAACAAUCUGGAGGGAAAAAUCCCAAGAGAGUUUGGUAAAUUAUCAAACAUAUUUCACUUGAAUAUGAGCAACAAUCAUCUCACAGGAAUUAUACCAUCAGAAUUUGGUGAUCUAUCUUUAUUAGAAAUUCUGGAUCUAUCAAACAAUUAUUUGACAGGAAAAAUACCAAUACACUUGGGGAAUUGUCUUAAAUUGAACUCACUCAAGUUGAGCCGUAAUGAACUAAAUGGAGCCAUCCCAUUUCAACUUGGUAAUUUGAACUUACAUGACAUUCUGGACUUGAGUCACAAUUUACUCAUGGGUGAAAUACCACAACAACUAAGCAAGUUGUUAGAGUUACAAGAGUUGAAUUUAUCACAUAAUGAGUUGGUCGGUCACAUUCCAUCUUCUUUCCAAUCAAUGGCAAGCUUAACAUCAUUGGAUUUAUCUUAUAAUUCCCUGGAAGGUCCAGUUCCAGAGAAUCAUUUCUUUCAAGUAGCUCCCCUUGAGUGGUUUACCCACAAUAAAGGUUUAUGUGGUCAAGUACAUGGUUUACCUCCAUGUCAUCAAUUCCAGUUAGUAAAUACAGGUGAUGUAGAAAAACAUCACAAAAUCAUUAUCUUGAUUGUUCUUUUGGUAUUUGGCUACUUAUUUUUGAUAAUUGGAGUAUUCGCAUUACUUUAUUAUAAGAGAAAGAAAUCCAAUACAAAUGACACAAGGGAAGAAUUUGAUGAACAUUUCUUCUUCAUUUGGGGAGUCAAUCAUGGAAAGGAAGCCUACAAGGAGAUUGCUAGGGCGACAGAAAAUUUUAAUGAGAGGUAUCAAAUCGGUAGUGGAUCUUGUAGCAUCAUCUAUAAAGCAACAAUAUCAUCAGGAGUGACACUUGCUAUCAAGAAAAUUCAAAAAGAAGAAGAGCCCCAAGUAUAUGAGCAAGCCUUUCAAAAUGAAAUACAAGCAUUGACUGAAAUUCGACACCGGAAUAUUGUGAGGUUCUAUGGUUUCUACUCUACUGAUAAAUUCAAUCUUCUUAUAUAUGAGUAUAUGGAGAGAGGAUGUUUGGGUGCCACUCUCAAGUCUGAACGUGGAGCAGUGGAGUUGGAUUGGACUAAGAGAGUUGGCAUUGUACGAGAUAUUGCUCAAGCUUUAUCUUACUUGCAUCAUGGUUGUGCUCCACCGAUCGUUCAUCGAGACAUAACUAGCAACAAUAUUCUUUUGGAUGAAGAGUACAGGGCUUGUAUUUCAGACUUUAGUAUUUCUCGACUGCUAAAACCUAAUUCAUCACAUUGGAGUUUGCUUGCGGGCACGUAUGGAUACAUGGCACCAGAGCUUGCCCAUGUAAUGAGAAUGACCAAAAAAUGUGACGUUUAUAGUUUUGGGAUAGUAGCACUUGAAGUGGUACAUGGAUCACAUCCUGGGGAUCUCCUAAGCAACUUAUCAUUGAGUAUGCUAGUGAAAGAAAUGCUAGAUCCACGUCUUUCCCUUCAUAUUGCUGAUCAAGUGACCAUAAACCAAGUGCUUUUAGUGAUUGUAAUAGCAAUGCAGUCCAUUAAUAACGAUCCACAAGUUCGCCCUACAAUGCAACAAGUAUCUCAAAGGUUGUCUUCUCCAAAGUUAUUGCCAACAUCUGACAACCACUCUUUUCGAGCACUUACACUUGAUCACCUCAUAAACAUUGUACAAGUGGAUAUUGAUGAUCAAGCGCAUGAAUAAUGGGAACUCAGCUCAUAUUACUAAAAGUC